UAAGGUAGGUUGGCGUCCUCGAGAUCAUGCUUCCCCACCACGCGGGUGGCAUGAUCUUCAACUUCACUACAUGCGGUGCACUUUCGGACCGAUUUUCCUCGCUAUCUUUGUAUUGGAACGUUGAAAAGAGUCCAACACGGCUAGUGUCGACGCCACGGAGCAUGCACGCCUCUCCAUGCAUCCAAUAACGAUGUACUCCUCACCACGCCGCCCAUUUCCGCGCCGUUAUUUACCUUGCAAGAUGCCUCCGCGGACGCACUCUCACCCGUGCAUGAGCAGCGCGUCGUUUCGGGCGUACGGAGACCAUCAUGUCCCCCAUCAUGUCCCCCUAUAUCUCAUUGCUGUCCGCGAUGCAUCCUUCCCGCAGCUCGCGCCUGGUUAUCCUGUACGCACACAGCUCGUGGACCUGCCAUCCUGCAAGCGGCUGCAAUGGCUCCAACAAUCACAUGGCUGUUGUUUGCUGUCGCUGCCCAACUCGUGCCUGCUAGCGCAUCCGGCUGGCCUGGUCCUGUCUGCCGGCAGCAACCCUACUCCUGCAUGCAACCUUUCUACGGCUAUCCUGCAGCAGAGUCUUACUGCUCCUCUGCCUGGCCUGUAAAACCAAUUACACACACGGUGACAAUCACGCCAACGAGGACCAAGGUGGUCAGAAAGACAUCGGUAUUGACAACCACCACGACCACCACGACAGAGACGACUACUGCGGGCUCUGCUACUUUAUCUUCCGGCCCUACCAUCACAAACACCGCCACCCUGAGAAGGCGAGACAAUCCAGCCAAAGCUAGUCAAUGGCAUGACUGCUCUUCCCGAUUAUACCACGCCGGAGGGGAUCAUUUUAGCGCUGCCUGCUCCUGCAUUCAGAGACCAUCCACCACGACGGUGACGAAGACUGCACCAGCACGCAUUUCAACAGUAUUCUCCACUAUCGACACAACCUCCAUCAGCACGAGCACCACGGUGACAUCAUUUUGCACGCCGGGGAUAAGUGCGAUUUCCUAUGGUUUCUCCUCUGCAACCGGUUGUGGAUCGUCAGUGACCAAGACAUCCUUUUUCGUCAGCGAGUCUGUUGCUACGGCUACGUCCUAUCCAGAUUGUUACAACGCCUGUAACAAAGAGUUCGAGUGCUGUGCAUUCAACUUCGACGCCGCCUCUGAGAACUGCGAAUUACUAAGUCCGAUCGAUUUAUUUGGAACAGAGUGCCCUACCUCUUUCGAUGACUAUACGUUCACCCCGGACCCCGACUACGACUACUACCUCAUCCUCAAUCCUACGUCUUCUUCUUCUUGAAGGAACAUCUGGCUUGAUCCGUCCUGAUGCACUGGCAUGUCCUACUUCAACUGCUUUGAAAGACUAUGCACUUUGCCAAGUCACUUGUUAUUUCUGCAGAGCUAGCCUCGAUGAUUUUGAAGCCUAUGUCAUCCUCUUUCAAAUAUCACUAAGCUCAGUAUCAGUCAUUCAUCGGCCAGAUCCUCCCUCUGCAGGUCAGAGACCACUCUUGUCAGCGUGCGAUCACAAGCCAGCUACCACAAUUAUUAAUAAGGCUAGCAUUCGGAGGCUUCCUCAUUAGG